CGCACUACGUGUCACUCCCAUAUUUAACCAUCCCCUAAUCACACACUUAUUUAUUCCCCAUUUUCUCCGAUCAAUCAGCACUCUAUACUUUUCCCCAAUUCUCUUACAGAGCAGAUUGCAGAAAACAGAUUGGAAAAAAAAAUGGUGGUAACUACGACGUCGAUUAGUGACUCAAACGAGAACUUGCACUGUACAUUUGCGUCAAGAUAUGUACAAGAAUCUUUGCCUAAGUUCAAGAUCCCCGUCAAGUCCAUGCCCAAGGACGCCGCUUUUCAGAUUGUUAACGAUGAGCUUAUGUUGGAUGGUAACCCAAGGUUGAAUCUAGCCUCCUUUGUUAGCACGUGGAUGGAGCCCGAGUGCGACAAGCUUAUUAUGUCUUCCAUUAAUAAGAACUAUGUUGACAUGGAUGAGUACCCUGUUACCACUGAACUUCAGAAUCGGUGUGUUAACAUGUUAGCACAUCUUUUUCAUGCUCCAGUUGGUGACGAUGAAACCGCAAUAGGAGUUGGUACAGUGGGUUCAUCAGAGGCAAUCAUGCUUGCUGGCCUUGCUUUCAAACGCAAAUGGCAGGCGAGAAGAAAAGCAGAAGGCAAACCUUUCGAUAAGCCUAAUAUAGUGACUGGAGCUAAUGUGCAGGUCUGCUGGGAAAAAUUUGCAAGGUACUUUGAGGUUGAAUUGAAGGAGGUGAAAUUAAAAGAAGGAUGCUAUGUAAUGGACCCUGCUAAAGCAGUAGAGUUGGUAGAUGAGAAUACAAUAUGUGUUGCUGCAAUUCUUGGUUCCACCCUUACUGGGGAAUUUGAGGAUGUGAAGCUCCUUAACGAACUCCUUGCAAAAAAGAACAAGGAAACUGGAUGGGAUACACCGAUCCAUGUCGAUGCCGCCAGUGGAGGAUUUAUUGCUCCUUUCCUGUGGCCAGAUCUUGAAUGGGAUUUUCGCUUGCCUUUGGUGAAAAGUAUAAACGUCAGUGGUCACAAGUAUGGCCUCGUAUAUGCUGGUGUUGGUUGGGUAAUAUGGCGGAGCAAGGAAGAUUUGCCCGAGGAGCUCGUGUUUCAUAUAAAUUACCUCGGAUCUGAUCAGCCAACCUUUACUCUCAACUUUUCUAAAGGUUCCUAUCAAAUAAUUGCCCAGUAUUAUCAGUUAAUAAGACUUGGCUUUCAGGGUUAUAAGAGCAUCAUGGAGAAUUGCAUGGCAAAUGCAAAAGUACUAACGGAGGGAAUCACAAAAAUGGGCCGGUUUCAUAUCGUCUCUAAGGAUGUCGGAGUGCCUGUAGUAGCAUUUUCUCUGAAGGACAGCAGCAAAUAUACUGUGUUUGAAGUGUCUGAGCAUCUUAGAAGAUUCGGAUGGAUCGUCCCAGCAUACACCAUGCCACCGGAUGCUGAACACAUUGCUGUUCUGCGUGUUGUCGUUAGAGAGGACUUCAGCCACAGCUUAGCAGAGAGACUUGUAUCCGACAUUAAGAAUGUUCUGAAAGAGUUGGAUACACAUCCACCUCGCUUACCCACAAAGGCUGCCCGUGUCACUGCGGAGGAAGUGCAUAGUGAUAAGGGUGAUGGGCUUCAUCAGUUUCACACAGAUAUUGUAGAGACUCAGAAAGACAUACUCAAGCAUUGGAGGAAAAUAGCAGGGAAGAAGACAAGCGGAGUCUGUUAGUCCAGUUAACGGAGAUCUGCUUUUGUACCUCUAGUCACACUUGGUUUUUUCGGCACCUCUUCGAUUAUGUCAUCCUGUAGUAUGUCUCUCGUGGUAGCUUCCAUGCACCUAUGUAGUUUUUGGUACUGUCAGUGGUUUCGUGAUCUUUCUGUAUGUGUCCGUAAUUAGUAUAUUUCAGGUUGUUGUACUGGGAAUGGAACUAUGGAAGUUCCCUAUUGUAGGAUCCAUAGUAAAGCCAAUUUAAUGAUGGUCCUUUAUUUGAGUAAGAAGACAUGACUCCUAUUAUUGGUGAGUGAUCUUCUUUGCAUGUUA